AUGACAAACAGGCUAGAAGGCAAGGUUGCUGUAAUAACUGGUGGCGCCAGUGGCAUAGGGGAAACCACGGCCAGGCUUUUCGUCCAACAAGGCGCUAAGGUCAUUAUUGCUGAUGUCCAGGAUGAACUCGGCCGAGCAGUAUGCAAUAACAUAGGAUCUCCAGAAGUCAUUUCCUAUGUCCACUGCGAUGUAUCUAAUGACACCGAUGUCCAAAAUGCAGUAGACAUGGCAAUUUCCAAGUACGGUAAACUAGACAUAAUGUUUGGCAAUGCAGGUACGGGAGGUAAGAUGACCCCAACAAUUUUGGAUAUUGAGUACGAAGACUUCAAGAGGGUUUUUGAUGUUAAUGUUUUUGGCAUGUUUUCAUGCUCCAAACACGCUGCAAGGGUAAUGAUUCCGUCCAAGAAAGGGAGCAUUAUCUUUACUUCAAGUGUAGCUUCUGUGACUUUUGGGGAUGCCCCUCAUGCUUAUGUAGUAUCCAAGACUGCUGUAGUAGGUCUUACAAAGAAUCUUCUAAAACACGAUGCUGUCAAGGUGCUUUCUUCAGACACUUUACGGACUUACAAGAUUGAUGGUACAAUUUGUUGCUGGCUAUGA